GGAGUCCGACGUAUGAUGGAGGGGUUUGGGUAUGACUACUAUGGAGAAGGAGCGAGAGAGAGACAGGAGGAGGGCUAUCGGAGAGUUGUAGGGGAUGCUCAGCCUCGGCAGACCAGCGUUUCAUCCAGGGAAGGGGAGCAUUAUGUGCGGCAGUCCUCACACGGACAUGAAACUGCGGCUCAGAGAUACAGCGCCACUCGUAUCCAAGCUGGUCUAGGCCCAGAGAGCAUGGCGGAUUACUUGAUCAGCGGUGGCACGGGCUACGUCCCUGAAGAUGGACUCUCGGCACAGCAGCUCUUCUCAAUCGGAGAUGGCCUCACGUACAACAGAUCUGACCAACAGUGUGUUGUCUCCGAUGGUCAUACGGCUGAAGAGCUAUGCUCUAAAGGAGAUGGGUUGACUUACAAUGACUUCCUGAUCUUACCCGGCUUCAUCGACUUUACCUCAGACGAAGUGGACUUGACAUCAGCGCUGACCAGAAAGAUCACACUGAAAACCCCCCUCAUCUCGUCCCCGAUGGACACCGUCACAGAGUCGGCAAUGGCAAUAGCUAUGGCGCUAAUGGGAGGCAUCGGCAUCAUUCACCAUAACUGCACACCAGAUUUCCAGGCUAACGAGGUUCGGAAGGUCAAGGAUCUGAGGUUUGAGCAGGGUUUUAUCACGGACCCGGUCGUCAUGAGCCCGCGCCACACGGUCGGGGAUGUGUUCGAGGCCAAAGUACGACACGGAUUCUCGGGCAUCCCCAUCACGGAGACUGGGAAAAUGGGCAGCAAACUGGUGGGCAUCGUCACCUCCAGAGACAUCGACUUCCUGUCUGAGAAGGACCACGGCAAACCUCUGGAGGAGACUAUGACUAAGAGAGAGGAGUUGGUAGUAGCUCCAGCCGGCGUUACUCUAAAAGAAGCAAACGACAUCCUGCAGCGCAGUAAAAAAGGAAAACUCCCCAUAGUGAACGAUAACGACGAGCUGGUGGCCAUUAUCGCCCGGACGGAUCUGAAGAAGAACAGGGACUACCCUCUGGCCUCCAAAGACUCGCGCAAACAGCUGCUGUGCGGCGCCGCCAUCGGCACCAGGGAUGACGACAAGUACAGGCUGGAUCUGCUGGUGCAGGCCGGAGUGGAUGUCGUCGUGCUGGACUCUUCACAAGGCAACUCUGUGUAUCAGAUCAACAUGAUAAAUUAUAUUAAGCAGAAGUACCAAGAUUUGCAAGUUGUGGGAGGAAAUGUGGUUACAGCAGCUCAGGCCAAGAACCUGAUCGACGCCGGCGUGGAUGCUUUGCGGGUUGGCAUGGGCUGCGGCUCCAUCUGCAUCACGCAGGAAGUGAUGGCAUGUGGGCGACCCCAGGGGACCUCCGUGUACAAGGUGGCAGAGUACGCCCGGCGUUUCGGCGUGCCGGUCAUUGCAGACGGUGGCAUUCAGACCGUGGGCCACGUGGUGAAGGCUCUGUCGCUCGGGGCAUCGACUGUUAUGAUGGGCUCGUUGCUAGCGGCAACCACUGAGGCUCCCGGAGAGUACUUCUUCUCAGACGGCGUGCGACUUAAAAAGUAUCGUGGUAUGGGAUCCUUAGACGCUAUGGAGAAAAGCACCAGCAGCCAAAAACGUUACUUUAGUGAGGGCGACAAGGUGAAGGUAGCUCAGGGUGUGUCGGGCUCAGUCCAGGACAAAGGCUCCAUCCACAAGUUUGUACCUUACCUGAUAGCAGGUAUCCAACAUGGCUGCCAGGACAUCGGAGCGAAGAGUCUCUCCGUCCUCCGUUCUAUGAUGUACUCUGGAGAGCUGAAGUUUGAGAAGAGGACCAUGUCUGCGCAAGUGGAGGGAGGCGUUCACGGACUCCAUUCUUUCGAGAAGCGGCUUUACUGAACACGGGGACGGAGCGCAGAUCACCAGUGACAUACCCAAUCUCACAGUGACCAAAUGUUGAAUCGCCACUUCUGCUAAAAAAAAAAAAAAAAAAAAAACACGCACCACCGACUCCACCAUCUCUGGCCUCCUCCCCUGCCGCAUCGACAUCACGCCGUCGCUUCCUGAUCCCGACCAGCGGAUUCCGGGAGGAAAGGGGCGGGAGGGGCGGGAGGAGGAGGCGCGGUCAUCGUAGCAAAGCGAGAACCUUCAAAACUGACACGACUCUCCGAACACUUCGGAUUUUGCACUCAAGAUGUGGCGCAUCAGGGUUUUUUUUUUUUUCUUUUUUUUUUUCUUUUUUUUUUACUUGAUGAGACGACAUACACACCUGUAUCUUGCAGCCCGGUCGUUGUGUAGUAGUGGGAGAACGAACUGUGCGGUAGCGUGCGUCUGAGUGCGUGUGUGUGAGUUCAAAAUGUGUCUUGGGACAAACAAAGUGAAGGUGCACUGUCUAUAUUUGUCCUGUUUAAUAUUAGUGAGUCAAAAGAAGCCAUCUUUUUUUUUUUUUUUUUUUUUUUUCGAUUUUUGGCUUUAUGGGAUCCACCCGUACCAGCAAACUUAUCAGAAAGAAGCCUCACGCAUCCCAGUUCUUUAACACACUAGUAUAUAUAUGACAGAAGACAAUAUAUGUGCGGUGUUUUUUCAAAAGUUCUCACCGAUAAAUGCUACUUGAAGGGUAGACGCUUAUAUCUCAGCCCAUUAUGUUUACUCUGUGUUUUUGUGUGUAUUGUGACGUACGCGAUAUUGGCCUUGGUUGCUGUCCUGUCAACAUUUUACAUUUGUACCUGCAAUCAGUAGACAGAACACAACCUUUACCACUGUGGACGUUCAUUAACCCUCUCAAAGACUCACUGAGCCAAAUAUCCGGUGUCCCAUCUCGAUGCGCAGUCUUCACGGCGUAGACGGGACCAAAAGCUGGACGAUCAGGAGAAAACGAAUCAAUCAAAAGUAGUUGACAAUGAAGGAGAAUUUCCCUUAAUUUGAAUACUUUUAGAUAAAGCAACUUUAUAAUAAACCUGUAUAGUCUUCAGGGAGGGGGCUUUGAAUUGAGCAUGGAGGGGUUUUUGAUAUGCAUGUUUGUUUUUUCACAAAGCCAGACGUUGGCUGUAUUUAUAUUUCCGCUUUAAUUGCAUACAUACUGCCAAGUGUAUUUACACUUCCUCCGACACUCUUCUUUUUCUAACGUUUAAAACCCAAAGCAACAAGUCGCCCCCCCCUCGUUAACCCCGGCCCUUCCUGCGCUUUCGUGCUGCCGCAUACGCUCCCCUUACGUACGUUUUGUUUCCGAUUUGUCCGUUUCUUUUCACCGGAGACACGCCUUGAAGCAGAGAUGGAUGGAAUGCAUUCAUGACGCGACAAACCUUCUCGUCUCCUCAUCUUACUUUGAAACAGUGUCUUUGUGUUGUUCUUGUUUAUGUGAGCGUAGGCUUUUCUAACAUCUUUAUAUGUUUUGCCAUUUCUUGUUAUUAUUUUUUAUAUAUAUAUAUAUAUAUAUAAAGUGGCCCAGAUUGUAAAAGUUGCUUUCUCUAUCAUGUUAGUGUUCACUUGACUAAUAAAUGGUCUUGCAACUGGACUAAAUUGCAAGGAAGAUAUAUAUGGAGGAAUAAUAUACCUAUGUUCAUUUGGUAAUGACUGCUGCUUGUUUUCAAUUUCCCGCCUGAAGAGGUAAUCCAGGUUUUUAAAAUCCUGUUAAUCCAUCUGAAAAGCACAAACACAAUAGAUGAGAUGCUUUAUUUUAUUUUUAUUUUUAUUUUUUUCUUUGGUCGGUAUGAGCUCCUAUGAUUUCCGCUUCACUACAGUUGCCAUAACACAAUGGUGGCUUCUGCAGCCAACAACCAAACCAUUUUUUUUUUUUUGUUCUCAGUGGAUGGGAAAGACUCGGUAUUUAGUAAUUCCAUUAGGGAUUUUGAGGAAUAUCGCUUCAGAACAUGUUUACAGUGAAAAACACUCAACAGACGAAAGUUGCUUUUGCUGUUCUAUAUGUUAAAGAAGAAUAAAUAAGUAAAACUGUGA